AUUAAUUUUAUCCCAAAAAGGCAUCAAAGAAGCUUGGAUUAUACAGAUGAAGCAAAUAUAGGUGAACUAUAGGAAAUGCAUAUGGGAAAUACAUGUUCAGGCACAAAACAUAUGUCAGCAGGAAAAAUUGAAACGUUUUGGGUUGGAACGCAAGGGAGUUGUUAGGGGAGCUGGGGAUUGGUGCUUAUAUAUAUGAAUAAUGACAACAGGUUGAAGCAGGUAUGACUGUAAGGUGUACCAUAAUAGAAACCAGGGUUCAUACGCCCCCAAUUGAUAGCAAGUCAAAUGGAAAAACGAGGGCCAAACCUAGACAGAACGACUUGCAUCUUAGUUUGAGCUAAACAAGAACCAGUUAAGGGCAAUAAAGCUCAAAAGUAACCAGAACAAAGAGAGAAAAUCAGCAAGUGGCUUGUGGUGGUGGCAAAACAUUACGUCAUAUAAACUACGGGGUCUAAAAGUAGCCGGUAUGUCGCAAAACGUAAAGGAAAGCAUGACAGUGUUUGGGAUUACGGUUAUGUAUUGAAAGCGACUACACUUCGAUUAGACGAAGGAAAACGUUUUGGGUACAAAGAUUGAGUUGCACGCCAUGUUUACAAGGGAAUGAAGUGGGUGGUCGUCACAGCAGUUAUAGCUUGUCUGGAGGUGGUCGCCGCGGGUUCCAGUAGAAGAGCACAAAAACGCGAGAUAAAAAUCGACAGACAAAGACCGUGGGAAUACGCUUGGCUAAAAUAUCUUCUGGGAGACCCUAAAGGAAAUCCAAACACAGCAAAGGCCGUAAUAGGGGAAAAGAGAACGACAAGAUUGCAUCGAUUAUGUUCAGGAAAAAUUCAGUUACGCGAUAAAUGGACGAAAGAUAAUUCAAUUUAUGACAAAAUCAUAUGCGGGAUGUUUACAAGAAAAGACGAGUACAAGAAACACGAGGAGCACGUGGCAAGACUCUUAUUGGGACAAACAGAGAAAAAGAGUUUAGACGAACAAAAGGAUGAACUGAUUAGAGCUGUCAAUCGAAUGGUGCACGCUGCUGGUCCUCUUCCUAUUCUGAAGUUUAAAGGCGGAUGAUUGUGAAUACGUUACUAAUGAUCACGUUGUUAUAGAGGUUGUAUAUUCGUAGAAUUGUUCAAUUUUUAGUAUUUUGUGAGCCAAAAUGAUAUCAUUUUAACACUGCUGAUUUUUGUGGCAUUACAUCUUUAUCCGGCCCGUCAGGCAUCGUAUAACAAUUGCAACACAACAUCCAGACAUUUGAUAAUUCUACUAUGAAGGCCACCAAUAAAUACAAAAGUGAUAUUUCGUCAACUUUGAAAUUAGUCGAUUGUAGGAAAUGAACGUGUAAAACAAGAAUAUGAUAUUUUU